UGUUAUGCCUGACUGUGGUUUCAACCAACACAUCCAGGUAUCAGCCAGACAUGGAGGAACUGAAAAAUCGGGGGAGGAAAAGAGAGGGUCGUCAUAAAGACACUUGGGACCCCUUCCAGUUGAAUCCUAUCGGGGCUGAGAAAGAACAGAAGAGGCGAUGCUUCUCUCUUGUACAGCAUCUGGUGGCCCUGAUUGUGGGGGUCCUUGUCCUGGCGAGUGCUGUCAUCAGUAAGGGUUCCCUGCUGGUGCUCACCAUGCUCUCCAGUCCUGCUUCAAUACAGAAGGAUGAUCACCAAUUCUACGUCCUAAUGCUGGUCUUCUGUUUAAUUGUGCCAAACGUACUGAUGUUCCUGAAGUCACUAUGGAAAUGUGCUUUCAAAAGCUUUGUAACUCCAAACAUGAGGACAAUGGGAAUUAUGUGUCUGAUUGAGGUACUAGUGUCCCUGGGGACAUCCAUCCUUGUGUUGGUUGUGAUGCCACAGUUUGACGUCCUUACAAACCUCUUCAACACUGGUGGCGUGUGUUUUCUGUCAGCCUUCUUACAGGUCUUGUUUCGCUUACAGAAAGAAAGCUGGAAAAUCAUCUUUCCAAUUUGUUCCUUGUUUCUCGUCCUGACAGGCUAUGUCCUUUUAGCACUUGACUAUUAUGUACGUGUCAGGACUUAUGUUGACGGACAGCAAUAUAAUUGUUAUGUGUAUGUGGGAAUUGCACUUUUUGCAUCUGUGCUGGUUUCCCUGAAUUGGUGGGAAAAUCCUUUUCAGGCCAGCAACAACAUUCAAGACCUGCUGACAGAGCUAGAUGGCUUCCGGGACUUUGUGUUUGCAAUUUCCAGUCUUCUCAGGAUAGUAGUUAUUGGAGCCGUCUAUGGCAUUCACGCUCACUUUAUUGAGAAUUGUGACUGGCACUACUUAUCUAAUGUUCCUUCGGAUGCGUUGAACAUUGGCAUCGGGCUAGUUCUUCUCCAAGCAUUUUCAUCUGUUCUAUGCCACUGGUUUGGGGUUGUGGCCUGUAAGAUCCACGCUGUCCAAUUUAGCUUCGCCUUUCCUCUCUCCUGCACUGGGCCAACUGUACUCAUUUUGGGCAUGGUGCUUUUUCUGACACAGGCCAGCGAACUUGAGAAUUCUUCUGCAGGUAAUUUCACAACCUUUUGCUUGAGUGUGACAAAAAUUCCAAACAAGAACACCACACAGGUCAUACUAGCUGAAAUCUCCAGGAGCAUCUGCAGGACCACACUGAACAGCCACUGGGGGUCCUGGCCCUUUGCCAUGCUGGCUCUGGAGGGGAUGUGUAUGUGGCUGGGGCUAAUGACCGCCACAUACUAUGUAUGGAAGAUUAAGGUCCAGAGGAUCGAGCGGACAACUCAGCUGUUUGUUCGACGACUGUAUGAGUCUGCCUUCAUUGAUCAAUCCAUGCUGCUCAACACCAAAAUGAAAGUUGUACGAGGAAGGAACCAGGAAAGCCAUGAUGAAAUUGAAAGUUGUGUCAUUUACCUUUGUGCAACAAUGUGGCAUGAAACUUACGACGAAAUGCUUAAGAUCCUCACAUCCAUGUUUCGGUUGGAUCGAUACAGAGGAGACCCAAAAGAAGAGCAUAAGGAUAACUUUGAGUUUGAAUGUCAUAUAUUUGUGGAUGAUGCAUUUCGGACAGAUAAAGAAACGGGAAAACUGUUUGUCAACGAAUAUGUGAAUGACCUCAUCCAUGUGGUGAUAGAAGUGUACAGGGUAUUUACCAACAAAGAGCCAGAUGAAGUGUCAAUUAUUGAAGCGCCUUUUGGUGGCAGAUUAAUGUUUGUGAUGCCAGAGGGAAACAUGUUGUAUGUUCAUCUUAAAGAUAAACAACGCAUCCGCAACAAGAAGAGGUGGUCACAGAUAAUGUAUUUGUACUACCUGCUUGGCUGGAAAGGCUACAAUGCCAAAAACCCUCAAAAAAUAACGAGGCAAAAUAAUCCAUGCCGUGCAAGCCUCAUAUCACUGGAUGGUGAAAGCUAUCUUUUGCCCACUCAUGACAAUGACAGUAAGAGGAAAUACAUUUCAGAUGACAACACGUACAUUAUGGCAUUGGAUGGGGACACAGAUUUCCAUCCCGCAGCUGUAAUCUUAUUGGUGGAUCGUCUCCGAAUGUAUGGCAACGUAGGUGCGGCCUGUGGCAGGAUUCACCCCACAGGAAUGGGGCCAAUGGUCUGGUAUCAGAAAUUUGAGUAUGCUGUGGGUCACUGGCUCCAGAAGACAGCUGAGCAUGUCUUUGGAUCUGUCCUGUGUAGCCCUGGAUGCUUCAGUUUAUUUAGAGGUUCAGCUCUAAUGGAUGACAACGUCCUGAAAAGAUACACGACCACUGCCACCCGAGCAUCGGAGUACGUCCAGUAUGAUCAAGGGGAGGACCGCUGGCUGUGCACCCUCCUGCUGCAGCAGGGUUGGAGGGUCGAGUACAAUGCAGCCUCGGAUGCCUACACUAACGCCCCUCAGGAAUUCAAGGAGUUCUACAACCAGAGGCGGCGCUGGGGGCCAUCAACCCUGGCCAACACUCUGGACCUCCUGCACUCCGGGAAGGAAACGGCCAAGAGGAACUCCUCAAUCUCCAUGCUCUACAUCAUAUACCAGAUUUUCACUGUGGGCUCCUCUAUCCUAGGGCCGGCCUCUGUCAGCUUGAUGGUUGCUGGUGCCUUCCAGUUUGUAUUUAGGAUGGAGGGGACCCUGGCCAUCGUUGUUGCAAUCAUUCCGCCCAUUGUAUACAUGGGGAUAUGCUUCACAUGCAAACCCAACCUCCAAAUUACAAUAGCAGGGAUCCUGAGUGUGCUCUAUGCCUUCCUCAUGACCGCGUCCUUCUUUUCCAUCAUUGGUGACAUGGUUAUUCAGGGGACCUUUAUCACUCCGACUGGAAUCUUCUUGGUGUCCAUGACCAUCCUGUACCUGGUGACGGCUUUACUCCAUCCUCAGGAGUUCACCUUGAUCAUCUAUGGCCUGAUGUACUUCAUCUGCAUCCCGAGUGGCUAUCUCCUACUCACCAUCUACUCGCUGGUCAACAUGCACAUUGUGACCUGGGGCACACGAGAGUCCAGUCGGGAAAACGUGGAGGGGAAGACCGUUGGGCUCCUGUGUGACCGUGGCUGCAAGCUGUGCUGCUGGGACAUUAAGUGUCAGGUCACCCAGGAGACGACGAAUGCAGCCCUGAUGCAGAUCCAGAACACGAUCAACCCCAACGCAAUAGUUGCCCCGGUGAACGUAACGCCACAGCAGGCUCAGGAAAUGCAGAAACUAAACAGCAUACUCCCCGAGGAGAGGAUUGCAGAAGGCACCACAGACAGUGAUCAACACCCAAGCAAAUUUAAAUCCAAAGGGACCAAGGACAAGGGGCUUCCCAGAGAUGGUGACAGCGGAUCAGAAGGAAGUACGAGUGAGGACUACAGUGAUGUUAAGGAUUACGACUAUGACAGCAUGGAAGAGGAGGACGACCACUCUGAAGAAAACAAAUCAGAGGUUGUGCCUGAAAGUGACUGGGUGAAUCCUGUUAAAACGGAAUUUCUGAAGAAACUGACCUACGCCAACAUGAAGAGGAACCUACAGGAGCAGAUCCGCUAUUCUCUGAGGAACAAGAACCAGGAAGAGACAUGCGAGGAGCUGGUGAUGAUGCUGACAGACACCGUGAAUGGAGAGCUGAAGGACAAGGUGGGGCCGGAGGACGUGCUGACGAGCAGCCAGCUGGAGGAACUACAGUAUGCGCUCAACGAGACCGCCAGGAGGAUCCUGAAGACCAACCGUAUGGAGAGGCUCGAGAGGCGGGUGAAACAGGCUAUAGAAAAAACUCUGAUUGCUCCUCAGGUUGAGAAGAUGAGUGAGGAUGAAAAUGACUUCUGGGUGAAACUGCUAGAAAGGUACCUGAAACCUAUAGUCGAUGAAAAAGCACACAAAGAGGAGGUGACAAGGGAGCUUAAGUCACUCAGAAACAAGGCAACCUUUCUGUACUUCAUCGUGAACGUCCUUUGGGUUGUAGCUACCUUCUUCCUCCAAGCAAUCGGCGACACGAUCAGCAUCAAGUUUCCAAAAUUCUAUCCAAAUGGCCAAAAAUCUAAUGAAACUAUGAAUGUAGAACCUCUGAGUCUGAUGUUCCUCCUGUCGUUCGCUGUGCUUCUAAUCGUUCAGUUCCUGGCGAUGCUAUACCACAGGAUUUACACACUGAUACACGUGGUAUCCUAUAGAAGCACAGAAAAAGACUACAAGGUCAAUGAUGAAGAGGAUGAGGACAAAGGCUUAACACUUGAAAACCACAUUGCAAGUGGUCUUGUGAUCACCAGUGAUGACUUGUGAGACUACACACAUAUCUC